CGGUAUAUUUAUAAGGCGUAAUCGCUGUGGGAUUUUUACCCUUACCACUUUCGGCCAUAUUGCCGAGAUACAAUAGCGAAUUAGCGAAAACAUUGCCGAUCGAAAACGCCCCAAAAACAAUGAGUGUAAAAGCAAUUAGAUAGUUUAAGACGGCAUCAAAAUGAGCAAACACAUCUGCACCCGCUGGGCCUUUGACCUGGGCAGCUGGAGGCCCACACUUCCUCAACUGACUCAGGCGGUGGCCUCCGUUCAACCGGAGGAACGCGUUCGCCUCAUGAAGUUCCACUUCAUCGACGACUUUCUGUCCUCGCUAAUUGGCCGCCUAUUGAUGCGGAAAUAUGUGAGCACAUGCAGUGGAUUGCCGGCGCACCAAGUGAAGUUCGCCCGGGAUGUGCGGGGAAAACCCUAUUGGAUGAGGGAGGAUUACGAGGGGCCACCUCUCAGCUUCAAUGUCUCUCACCAGGGAAGCUUGGUUCUCCUGGCGGGGAUUACGGGCGAGGAAAGCGAUCCGGACUUUGGAAUCGGCACAGAUGUCAUGAAGAUCGAGUACAGCGGCGGCAAGUCCCUGUCGGAAUUCUUUCGCCUGAUGAAGGGCAAGUUUUCGGCCCAGGAAUGGAGCUACAUUGGAAGACCCCAGCAGGAUGAGAGGGAGCAAAUUAAGGCCUUCAUGCGUCACUGGUGCCUCAAGGAGGCCUACGUCAAGGAGCUGGGCGUUGGCAUCACGGUGGAUCUGGAGAAGAUCAGCUUUUCCGUGGACACCACUAGUUGCCUGGACUCUAAGGUUUCCCCCCUGAUCGGAACCAGUCUGCGUUGCCAUGGAGAAGCCAUGGAGAACUGGCAUUUCGAGGAGCAUUUACUGCAGGAGGAGGAUUACUGCGCAGCCAUAGCAUUCCGGAAUUGCUUGCCAAUGGUUCAUGGAAGGUUCCAGUUCCUUAGGGUGGAGGAUAUCCUAUUACCAAGUCCGGAAUCACAGCUGGAGGAAGUUAUCAGCUACUGUGAAAAGGCUCUUCUUAAGCCCUACAAACGAUCAUAA